AUGUCCAUCGGUUCACGAUCUGAGCUAACAUCAGGAUAUUUUCUACUAGUAAGGGUAGGUAAACAUUGCUGUUGAAAUAGAUUUGCUGAAGCAAUUAUGAAACCGUUUAUUCCAUGAAGCUAGGACGCAUGAGACUAAGACUGAGAUACUAUCAACUCUCUGAGAACAGUUUGUCCACGGUUAACGUAACAGUUGUUCGAAUGCUACUAGUUUUUUCGCUACUAGUUUUGUUGGGUAGGGAGUGAUGUGAUAUUGUAGCUAGAUAGAACUCAUGUGAUUACCUGGUCGCAUAUAUUCUAAGCAUUUCUGAAAUCGAGAACUUAAAAAGUGAAAUUGGUGCUCGGCAAAGCUAUAUUUUGCAAUAGGGAGUGAGCUGAGAUGUCAGACGAAGGCUUUUGAACAAUAUAGAAUCAGGUAGUUGUGGCAGUCAAGGUGCUGGUUCGGCAGCUAGUGAUACGAGUUAUUAGCCUCUUCGACGCUAUAGUGCCCUAAGGAGGAUCAUCAUGAUAAGAACUUGAACAUUUGAGCAAGUCUGACAUUGCUCACAUCGAAGACAACACUGGCAAAAUUUUAUAUCAUUUUAAUUGCAAUAAUUUAGUUGAAUUAUAAUAAUUACGUUAAAUAGAUAAUGUUGCAAGAUAGCAUCUCUGUUGAAAUCGAAUGAAACUAUUUAGGGGCAUGAGCCGCGCCACCGUUCUCAAAGGGUUACCAAGAAAACAUGAUUCAUUAUGGGGCAUGGAUGAAAUUGUAACCUUAAUUGUUCCCAGGGUCUCUCUUCUUCCUGAAGGAAACUGGACCGACUAAACGUUCGCAAAGACUUCUGGGAACGUUACGAGGGACACGGGGAAAAAAUUGCCAAUAGAUGACUAGUGCGUCCCCAGUAACCAUCCCACAAACACUUGCGGGACACAACCCGCAUAAGGGUUUCUUUAGUGGCGAAUGGGAGACACGUGAUCUUAAGACCCUAUCGGAGACUCUAUCGCUGAGCGCGGGAACGUGAAGAAGAGAGAACCCUGGAAAAAGGUUGGUGCAUGUAUAAUAUGAGUAUGCUAAACUGGCAGCUAAUUCAAGCUUUUUUAUUUUCAUAGGCGGCUUCAGAUGAAUCUUCGAUCGCAGCUUGUCCGCUGACCCAUCAGGUCCAAAUGCUCUGCAAGUUGAAGAAUAUCGAACCAUUGAUCAUGCCUUUUAACAUUCAAAAGAAAUCGAAAAAAUUCCUUGAAAUCAACUCCACUGGUAAAGUCCCAGUUCUUGUGCAUCAAGUCAACGAGGACGAAGCACUUGUUUUAGACGACCCCCCUCUUAUCGCUAAGUAUUUGGAAGAGUUAUAUCCGGAUCCGCCCAUCGGGAGCAAGAGCAAGGAAGCUAUUGUUGCGGGCAGUGAUAUUUUCCAAAAAUUCUGCGCCUUGAUAAAAAACCAAGAUCCUUCCAAAGAAGCUGGGAUGAAGGCAGCGCUGUUGAGGAAAAUGGAAGCGUUGGAUUCGCUUCUAAAAAGUACGAAUGGUGCUUUCAUGGAAGGGGACUCUUUGAGAUUUUCAGAUUGCAGUUUGCUACCUAAACUUCUUCUUGUUCGGGUAGCUGCCAAGGAGCUCAAAGGAGUUGAAAUUCCUGCGCGACUCAAAGGGGUCUGGAGAUAUAUUCACGCUGGUGAAAAACAAAGUGUAUUUCUUGAAACGCGUCCAUCGAAUGAGCUCAUCAAGGAACACUGGUCUAGGCAUUUUGCUGCGCCAAUUAUUGAAGGAUACGAAAAAGACUAUUAA